GUCUGUAUUACAUCGAAAUUACGACCCGACCCACCAUCAACCCCAUUCACAAGAUCCCAAUUUUUUUCCCGCAAACCCCAAACCAAACCUUGCUGUGUUCUACAAUCUGAAGCCAUUUUCCAGACGGGCUCCGAGGAAGUCAGAGAGUAAAUAGGUUUCAGAAACUCCGAUUUUGAGACAUACACAAAUAUAUCAGAGAGAUAGAAGGAGGAGUCAGAGAUGUCUCUAACUAGUGUAAAGAUGUCGGAGGAAGUGUGGUUGACAUGCCUGACUCAUGCAUUGUCCACUGAGACCGAGGAGAUCAUGGGUCUUCUUCUUGGUGACGUUCAGCAUUCAAGAAAUGGAAAUGUGGUUGCAUUGGUAUGGGGAGCCCUGCCCCAACCUCGUUCGGAUCGUCAGAAGGACCGAGUAGAGACUAAUCCAGAACAGUUGACUGCCGCGUCAGCUCAUGCUGAAAGAGUUACAAUGGCAACAGGAAUAACAACCAGGGUGAUUGGCUGGUACCAUUCACAUCCUCACAUCACUGUUCUCCCCUCUCAUGUUGAUGUGCGUACUCAGGCUAUGUAUCAACUGUUGGAUUCUGGUUUUAUUGGGUUGAUAUUUUCAUGUUUCAGUGAAGAUGCGCAAAAGGUUGGAAGGAUUCAAGUCAUCGCAUUUCAGUCUUCUGAUCGGAAGCAGAAUCACAUUGUUAGACCUGUUUCUAUUUCCCCACAACAGAAAAGUUUUAUAGAUAUUGAAUCAUCUUUAAGUUCAUCAGAGAACAGAGUGACUAAAUCAGGCUCUAUCAAAGAAAAUAUUGAACAAGACACUGGUGAUUCCGGCACAGUUAAGGUCGGGGAUAGAUCACAUGACUUGGGAGGAUUUUCUGGGAAUGCCAAUGCCAGAAUGUUAGACAAUUACGAUGCCAACAAUUUAAAUAAUGCAAUUCAUGAUUUAGAUCCCAUGGAGAUGUCAGAUGGUAUGCAGGAAGCAAUGCACCUUUCGAAUUUGGAGAUGAGUGGUGCAGAAUUUGUGAGAAAGGAAAUUCCUCUUCAAGUACUGCCAACCUCGUCCCUUCUCAAUCUGGAUUCACCAUUGUCUUCAUUUACAGAUCUUCAGCGUGUUUUAUAUGAAGAGGAGAGGACUGCUUAUAAACAAGCAAUCGUUCAAAAUAUGGGGGAAGGAAAAGUGCAUCCGCUUACUUAUAUACAUCACACAUCAACUUAUCAGGCCUCCAUGUGCAAAAUGAUAGAAUAUUGCUUAAGCCCUGCCAUAAAUGUUCUUCAAGAUCAGUUGAGAGAAAAUGAAGUUCGGUUAAAAAUGCUCGCUGAUGAAGCCAAUGUUUUGGAGUUGGAGAUUUCACGAGGAAGCGAAUCAAAUUCUUCACCUCGUUCUCCAUCCCAGGGGCUUCAAGGUAGUCCAUCUGGUCAUAGAGACUUGUAUCCUACUGGUUUCAACAAAACGAGAAACGUUGGGGUUCCUGGUAGCCGAAGCCGAAAAGGAUCUUAGUUUUGUAUCAGAACCAAUCUAAUUAGAGAUUGUUCUAUGUACUAUGUUUGGCUUUUUUGCUUCAAUUGAGCCACCCUUUUGUUAGUGUCCCAUGUUCUUGCUAAAUCUUGCACGUCUAUGCUUUUUGUGGGAUUUGUAUACUCUACUUUUUCGUGGCUCCUAUGUGAAAACUGCCUAAUGUGAUCAAGUUCAUACGGGUAUAUACAUGUAUUAUUGAAAGUUCCAGAUGCAUAUACUUAAUCAUUAAAGCAA